UCAGUACCAUUUCACAACUUUACUCGCAAUGUACAGAAUAAUUUUAUUAAUCUUGACUCUGAGCCUGGGUUCAGCUCUCACAAUUAUCCCAAUUGAAAAAAAUGCGGAUGAAAUUUGUAUCAGAAACGAUGGAAAAACAGGAUACUGUGUGCAUCUACGUAACUGUUCAGCUAUUUCCAAUAUGAUUGCGCGACAAAGUCAAGGAAUUUCACUUUCUUCUGAUGAAAUAACUUACAUUAGGAAUUCAAAAUGCCCCGUUCACGAGAAAGGAUAUGUGUGCUGUGAAGGUAAAGAUAAAGUGUUGCAAGGAAUUCAGGAAUUGCCGUCGCAGGAUUGUGGUAAGUUUGAAGUAGAUAAAGUGGUUGGAGGUAAAGAAAUUAAGAUAAUGUCAAGACCCUGGAUGGCUCUGCUUAAAUUCCGAAGAGAUGACGGCAAAGAAGGGUUUACAUGUGGUGGGACUCUGAUACACAAACGCUAUGUACUAAGCGCGGCUCAUUGCUUCUUUGGCCAACAAUUGCUAUCAGUGCGUUUGGGAGAACACAACAUACUCUUGCCAAUGUAUUGUCAAUUCACAAAGGGGCAGGUAGUAUGUGCACCGCAAGCUCAGGAUUUUGAAGUUGAUCGGGUGUAUGUACACGAACAAUACUCACAGGAAUCUCGUCACAAUGAUAUUGCUUUAGUGAAACUCAAAAGCGACGCAGAAUUCAUACCUAACAUUAAGCCUAUUUGCUUGCCAGUAAACGAAACUCUUCAGCAAAAUGUGGAAACAAUGCCAAGAUUCCUUGUAACUGGCUGGGGAUACACCGAAACCACAAAUGGGUCUCUAGUUCCACUAGAAACAGUUGUUACUGCUAAGAAUCGUACAAUCUGUCAAGAAUCCUACGAACGUAAAAUAGUGCCAACUCAAAUAUGCGCUGGUGACCCCGGAAAGGAUUCCUGUAAUGGUGACUCUGGUGGUCCAUUGCAAUUUGUUGAUAUAUAUAAUGGACAACAGCGCUUUGUACAAUUUGGAAUCGUCAGUUAUGGUUCAGGGCAUUGUGGCGAUGGUACCCCAGGUGUGUAUGCUAAUGUUGGUAGCUACAUUCCCUGGAUUGCCUAUAAAAUAGCUACCAAAUAGCUUGAGUUGUAAAUAUAUAUGUUAUUUCGACAAUAAAUGUAUAAUGCAUGCAAUUUUAGCUGAA